UUGUCAACCUAACCUGUUUCCAAAUCUGCAUGGGCCUCGCGUGACAAAGACGUCGUCAGAAGUAGACUAUGUCCGCUGGUCCACUUCUGUCAACGAUGUGUCGCACGUAGUAUCGGCAGUUUUCAUCGCGAUGGACGCUGCUUUCGUGCACCGCGAUCGCGCGACAGGUCUGUGAGGAUGACGGCGCGGGAGAGCAGGAUCGAAUCCGUAGCGGAUCCUUGCCCCGUCAAUCCCCGCAGGAUCGGUCCGCAGAACGUGGUGGUACGUUUAAGACGCAGAGAGACGAUGGGCUGCCCGUUCCCGGGCACCCACGUGCACUGCGCGCGGCAAUUCUACCAAAACGUCUUUCCCAACUUCACUGUGAUGAACGUGGAGAAACCGCCGUGUUUUCUCCGCAAGUUUAGCCCGGACGGGAGGUACUUAGUAGCGUUCAGCGCGGAUCAGACGUCGAUCGAGGUGUACGAGUACCGCGGAGCGUCGGCUGCCGCAGACUUACUGGCCGAUUGCGAAGGCGAGUACAUCGGCCACAAGAACGACGACUGUAGCUUUCACAUACGAAGUAAUAUCUUCGCACGCUUCUUCAAGGUAAAGUGGGUUAUAAAUGUAGUAGAAAGCAACCAGCAAUUGAACAGAGAAUGCAGUCUUUUUACCGAUGACGCUCGCUACGUGAUCGUGGGCUCGGCCGCUCAUAUCCCCGAGGAACUGAGGCCACACUUUUAUCAGAUUUACUCUAAUAACGAAGCGCUGACACCAAACCCUAGAUCACCACUCGAGGAUUACAGCCUACAUCUUGUUGACUUAAAAGGUGGAAAGCUGUGUGACACAAGACACUUCAAAGUGGAUAAAAUCUACUUGUCACAUAAUCAAGGUUUAUAUUUGUAUAAAGAUAUUUUAGCAGUUAUGUCUGUGCAGCAUCAAACGAUACAUAUCUUUCAAAUUCUUGAUGGCAUGUUUAUUAAUGUCAGAACAAUAGGAAGGUUUUGUAUGGAAGACGAUGCAUAUUUAGUGACAAGUGCUUUUCCUGGGAUUAAUUGUCGGCCAUUUAAAGAUGUUGCAAUUAAUAGUCUAAAACACAGAUUACUUGUAUAUUUAUACAAAAGAGCUGACUAUAUAAGUUAUGUGACUAAAGAUCCUUAUGAAUUAAGACGAUUUUAUCAAUAUUUUGAUCAGCUAAAUUCACUACGAAUGUGGAAGAUGCAGUUGUUAGAUACAAAUCAUAUCUUGGUAAGAUAUGCAAGUGAAGAAGUAGCGACGUUACAAGCAAACGAACCAAAUGCACAGCCAGCUCUGUUAGUGGUUUAUGAUAUGGUUACGGCGAAAAUUUUGGCAGCUUAUGACAACGCAUCAACUCAAUUGUUAACUCAAUUCGAAAACUUUAGCGACUUUUUUAGAAAUGCUAGAAUGAGCACGGAUUGUCAGUACAUGUGCUCGCCAUCUAAUAAUAUAUAUGCCAGAUUGCUACAACAAAGAUUUAAGCAAACAAUAAUAAGCGCUAGAUACGGAGGUAUUACCGAAGCCACAAAGAGACUGCUUGCUCAGUUACCAAUAUGCGCACAAUCUUAUUCCAGUUCGCCAUAUCUUGACUUAGCGUUAUUUUGCUAUGAUGAAAAAUGGGUAUCUAUGAUGGAACGCCCUAAAGCGUGCGGGGAACAUCCAAUACGCUUUUAUGCACGUGAUUCGGGUCUCUUAAAAUUCAGAAUGUAUGCCGGUAUGUUGGGACGAACAGCACCAACGGCUGCGAGACGAUUAGUAGCAUUCACUUUCCAUCCAACGGAUCCAUUUGCAAUUUCGGUACAACGCACUAAUGCGGAAUAUAUUGUUAGUUUUCAUGUUAGGCAUGUCUAGAUCUUCCUUUUCUCCGGUUACAUAUAUAUAUAUUUUACUAAUGUACAAACGGAUUUCUCACGUUUCGUCAGAAUUGUUGAGAUCGCUGCCGCUAAAGUACAAAGUAAAUUACUUGUUGAACAAAACUAUUACAGCGUAAUCAUAUAAAGUUAAAUUAGAUUCAAAGAUUACCAUCGAUUGCUAGCAUGUAAGAUAAUGCAGUGUAGUUUAAUACACUUUUAAUACAAUUGAUAAUCAAGAAUUAAGAUUUUAGAAAAUGCGAAAUGAUUAUCAUUGCAUUUUGUCACUCAUAAAAGAAAA